AUGUUAUCGGAAAUUAAUGUUUUGAAUCCCAAACCAUUGAAUUGUCAAGUGUAUCCCCUGAAUUCUCCGUAUCGAAGAACUCGAAACUGGAAAAUCAGAAGUUCACCGGAAGCGAAUGCAGCAAAUUCGAGUGACGGCGGAGAUUUGAAGAAUUCUCUCUCCGGUAUUGUUGGAAAUCAGGUUGAGGAUCUGUUGAGCAGAGAAGAGAACAGGAGUUUGCUCGAUGAUCUGGAAAAAGCUUCGACGAGGGUGGAGUUAGCGAAGAGAGAGCUCGCAGAGAUAGAGCGGCAAGAAAUCGAGGCGAAGCUGCUACAGGAUUAUGUUAAUAAACUCGAAUCAAGAGCCUCCGAGAUCGCAGAGUGCCAGCAGGAGAUUGUGGCAGCAAGAUCAAUGGUUGAGGAAGCAGAACGUUCCUUGUCCUUUGCAGAAACCGAUCUAGCUAAUGGGAAUUCAGAAAACGGUUAUUCGAUUGAUAAAGACAAAGAGAGAUUAGAAUCAGCAAAAGCGGCAGCGGUUGCAGCUGCGGUUGGUACCGUUGCAGAAAUCCCAUUCGCUCUUUCUCAGGUCUCCAGCAUCGAGCAGCUUGUUCUCCCCCUUGGAGUAGCGUUUGCAAGCUGUGCAUUGUUUGGAGUCACGUUCAGGUAUGCAGUCAGGAGAGACCUUGAUGAUAGUCAUCUUAAAUCCGGAGCCGUUGCCGCCUUUGGCUUUGUCAAAGGACUUGGUAUGUUGAGCAGAGGACCUCCAUUGGAGCUGAGCUGGGAAAGCUUGGCUUCACAUGGCAUAGACGGCGCCGUCUUGGUGUCUCAGAGCGUCUUGAUUUUUGCGUUUGCGUCUAUAGCUUUGGACUAUUGUUUCAAGAUGAAGUUAUUAAGACCAUUUCCAAGCUCUGCUAAGAUGUAG